UUCAGACCGGCGGAGAGCACUAGAUGUGAGGCUUGCUGAGAGCGACAUCGCUUACAUAACACCAGCCUGGGAAACGCUAGAGAGCCGUGGAGCCCAUCGCUGGGUAAUAUAAGCGGAGAAAACGGCGACAAAAACGGCAAUAAAUUGAUAAGUGAUCACAUGAUAAAGGGUGCCGCGCGUAACGCUCCAGUGCUGAAGCUUUUUUCAAGGAUCCUCUUGAAGACAGUGACCGCUCACUUGGAUAUUGUCCUCAAGCCCAUCUGUGAAACAUGCAAGAGAUCUAACCCCAGUGCUGCUCUUAGUCUCACCAAAAACCAUGACAGUGAACUGUCCAGCCUUGGCCGUUUGACACAAUGUCUGACCCACUGCGAGAUAUCUCAGGCCUUUGUAAUAUUAUCAUGUUGCACUGAUGUUGUAAGAAGCUUGUAGAUCCCUCCUCUCAUUCCUACUUCAUGGACUGGCUAUCCACUGAAGGGAGAAACAGAGCUGAACACGGUGGGUAUGGUGGCGCCCCUCUAUAAACUGCACUGCUUCCUGAGGCGGGCUCAGAUGCUGCUGCUUUUCCUGGGCAUCGCCUAUCUGAUGGCAGGCAGCAUUCUGCUCCUGCAGCGCUCCAGCAUCAGAGUAGCACCGCCAAGCCAUGCCAGCCUGCCGCCCCUGCUGUCCCUGGUGGCGCCCCCUACUGCCCUCAGGACUGCAGGCCUGGGUGUGAGGGCACGCUCCAGAUGGGCGGCCAUUCAGUCUAUGUCAGGAGGGGGAGUCAAAGCUGGGCGACACUGGCCGGCCUCCCGAAGCCUGGGGGUCCAACACUUGCAUCGCCGCUGGUUUCACAGUCUCCUACCAGAGAGCCCCGAGCAGAGAGUUUCCCUCCACAGGAGCAGCAGACACAAAGGGACCUACAUCGGUUGCUUUGUGCACGAUGCCAAUGAACGCGCUCUGGGGGGAACCAUGCUGUAUGACCUGCGCAAAAUGACCAGCUCUCUGUGUCAAGACACCUGCUCGGAAAGUGGGUACCAGUUUGCAGGUCUGGAAUAUGGAGCUGAAUGCCACUGUGGGAACCGUAUCAGUAGUCCGCGGGCUCCAGAGGAGGAUUGCAGUCUGGUGUGUCGAGGUGAAAGGGGGUCCCCUUGCGGAGGCGUGGGACGUCUCUCCAUAUACAAGGUGGAGGAGCAGCUCCCAGGUCACAGGAAAUUUAGAAAUGUUCACUACAGUGGUUGCUUCAACAUACCAAAGAGCACCAUCAGCACCUUCCCUGUCUACUCCUUCCAGCCCAACCUAACAACACAGUCCUGCAUCGAGAUCUGCACAGAUAAGGAGCUCCCGCUGGCUGUGUUGAAGAGGCCCCACUGUUUCUGUACAUGGACAUCCUCUCUUUUCAGUGUCAGCCAACAGUCCCAGGACCAGCCAUGUGUGGGCAAUACUGGUCUGAACCAGACCAGUACCUCCAUGCCCACAGCACCCACUGACCAUGACCACUACCAGGUUUAUCAAACACCUGUCCUGGACUCCAGGUGCAAAGAAAGGAUGUUUCUGCCUCAGAGAACCAAAUCCUUGGUGGCUCUCUCCAGUUUUCCUGGUGCAGGCAACACCUGGGUACGACACCUGAUCGAGCUCAUGACAGGCUACUACACUGGCAGCUUCUAUUUUGAUGGCACACUGUACAACAGAGGUUUCAGAGGAGAGAAGGACUACUGGAAAAGUGGCCGCAGCAUCUGUGUGAAGACCCAUGAGAGUGGUCAGAAAGAAAUUGAAAUGUUUGACUCUGCCAUCUUGCUGAUUCGAAGCCCUUACCGUUCCCUCAUGGCUGAAUUCAAUCGCAAGUGUGCCGGUCAUUUGGGGCAUGCCACUGAUGCACAGUGGCAGAGCAAAGAAUGGCCAGAAUUUGUCUCCAGCUAUGCCCCUUGGUGGGCAUCCCAUGCCCUGAGCUGGCUGAAGUUUGGACGGCGGCUGCUCGUGGUUCACUAUGAGGAACUGCAGAGGUCACUUCUUCCCCAGCUUCGCCUCAUCACCUCCUUUCUAAAUGUCACCAUGACUGAGGAGCGGUUGCUAUGCGCCCAGAGCAACCAAGAUGGCCAUUUCAAACGCUCAGGGUCCCAACAGUCGUCCUUUGACCCUUUUACUUCCGAUAUGAGGAGGAUGAUCGACUCCUUCAUUCACACCGUUGACCAGGCGCUACAGAAGAGGAACUUCAGUGGACUUCCACAAGACUAUCUCCCUAGAUGAUGAUAUGAUAAGGUCCUCACCCAUAGUGCUUUAACUGAGUGGGCCAGGAGGAGUUGAGAUUUGUGCCAGUCCACCCACAGUGCUCUGUGGAGAGCAGUACAGACUCGCCAUGGACAUAUUUGCCGAAUGUUGGCAGGGUUUAUUGAUGACCAUCUGUGAACACUGGCUGUAAUUGGGCCACCUGACUCCUUUAUAAGUUCAACACACUGUGAGUGGCUGUAUAGUUAUGGAAUAAGAUUAAGACUGCUGGAGACAAUGUGACAACAAUGUACUGCUAAAGACACUGGUGAUCAUCAAAGUUUCUGAUUAAAGCCUCAGGGCCAGGAUUGCCUCCUUGAAAGCAGGAAAUAUAUACUUAGAGAAGAUCUGACAUGACCCAUUGACCUGUGGAAUUGGAAUUGUCUUGCAAAGUGCCUGACUGCACAAAUAUGAGUGUGAAUCCAAGAUGGAUUCAUUUUUGUUAAGCUGAUAACUUUUUUGUGGCUCUUAAAUAUUUCACUUGGGUACAGUGUAGACAUAAGAAAACAUAUCAUUUCAAUUACAAAACUCACACUAACACAUAGUAACCACAGAACAUGACCUGGAUUAUAUUUCUGUGUACAUCCAAGGUUGCAAAGGUUUUGCCUACUUGCAAUCAUCGAUCAGUGGAGGAGAGGCCUCAACACUGGUUGUGACAAUAUGGAUUCCCAGCGCAGUAAACAUUAGGGGAUAACUGUGCAUGAACUCUGAAAUAUAUGCUAAGUUUACAUUCAGUCAAAGUGAACUUGCUUACAUAAAACCCAACAACUGUCACCUAUUGUCAAAAAACAUUUUGUUAAUUGAAUGCAUUCAUUUUGGUAACAGGCUGAAUUGGGAGUGAAGUUGGUAACUGUUGUUUAUUACUUGAAUGUUUUGACCCCAAUGAAUCAAGGUGAUGUAGUACAAGACUGUCAACAGGUUUGUUUAUUUAGCUGGUGUACACUGAAGCAGCUUGUGAGAGCACUGCCAAUAUGAAGGACAUUGUUCAAACUGUUUGUUUACGCAGUUUGUUGCCACAAAUAGUAGGCUAGAUGAAGACAAACAUUCGCGCCAUUCCCACCAGACUACAAAAACUCACCUCGAGAUUCCAUUUCAACUUGCUCAGAUAAUUUAGAAAUGCAGGUAUAUUCAUUUUUUUUUACCCUGUGGUAUUUGAAUUAUUUUCUCCAUACAUUUAACAGAAUAGUGCCAUCUAGUGGUUACAUUGCAUUUCAUUUUCUAAUGAAGUCAGCUUUAACCUUUUAGGGUUAAGGUGACACCAGAUACCAGAUGCUUUCAGGAGAUGUACUUUCUAGUUGGAAAGUCAUGGCUUGAAAAAUAAAUGACUCACAGGUUAUUAAAGAAGUUGGUUUCAGUGCUGGUGUCUGUUGACUGUGGGUGGACUGACAGACAACA